UGUCCGUCCUCAGCGGCCGGCAGCAAUUCAACAGCCAUGGCCGAGGUGGGCAAUAAAUUCCGCGACAUCCAGCGCUAUCUGUCUGAUGGCCGCUUCCCUCCUACAUUCUGCCCGGCCAAGAAGAAGAACCUGAAGCGCUAUGCGCAGAAGUUUCUGCUGGAAGGUGGCUGUUUAUACUAUGUGGGGCCAAAGAAGGACGAGAAGAGAGAAGUGGUGGUGGAUGGGGAGAGGCGACGGCAAAUCUUCCUGGAAUGUCACUUUUCUGACGUCGGCUGUCACUUGGGCCAAAAGAAAACCGUACACAGAAUCCAAAGCCGAUAUUAUUGGUUGGGAAUAGUAAAGGAUGUUGUAGAUUGGAUUAAAAUGUGUGAUACCUGCCAGCAUGCAGAACACUACAAGAACGUCUCGCGCAAAUUUCAACCGUUGAAAGUGACAAGACCGUGGGAAAUUCUUGGCCUUGAGUGCACUGGUCCUUUCCCAGAGACGGUCCGCGGCAAUACCUAUGUACUGAUAGUCACAGACUAUUUUACAAAGUGGGUUGAAGCAAUUCCAAUACAGAAAAGGGAUGCCUUGUCUGUAGCUGGGGGCUUGGCUGCGACCUUUUACAGGUUUGGGGCUUCAAAAGAGACAUUCUCCAAGGAAAGCAGAAUAUUUUGUGAUGAGGUGAACAAAAACUUGCGUGAAUGUUGGAAUAUUCACAACAAAGUGACUCCCGCUGAACACCUGCAGUACACAGGCCUCGAUGACAGAACCAGUGAGGUACUGAAGACAGCCAUUAGGAACACAGUGAACUCCAAGCUGAAGGACUGGGACAUCUGCUUAGACCCAAUCCUCUUUGAAUUUCGGACGUCAGUAAAUUCAAGUACCAAGUUCACACCUUUUUUCCUGCUGUACAACCGAGAAGCACGAUUAUCGUCCAAGGGAGAGUUUGAAAUUGCACAUGAGUACAAACUGCAAGAUAACUGUGCCAUCAAAGCGGAAAGUAUCGACACGUUCACAAGUUCCAUGGAUGAGCAACAAAAUACAGUUAAAGAAAUGGUGCUUGCCAACCUGGCUGCAGCUCAUAAGCGUGAGAAAAAGCAUGCCAAGAGGAAAGCCAGGAAGGAGAUCCAUUUUACCAUAGGAGGUGAAGCGUUUCCUGGAAACACCAAAAAACUGAAGAAAAGUCACUUUCUUUCUUCUCAAAUCGAAGCAACUUUGUCCUCUGAGCACACUGUGGGUGGUGGGAUGGUGUGA